AUGAACGAGACAGGCGGCCAUCCUGGUGUGCGAAACCUUCUUGCUAGGUUCGAGAACAACCAGAGCAACACCACUUCCCCUCCCUCCCGCGGUCGAUCUCCCGCUGGCUCCGAACAUUCCGCCUCUGCUAGACCCUUGUCCAAGGUGCGCGCCAGCUUCAUCGCUGUCGAUGGGGCCACUCAGCCGAACCCUGUCGCAGGGCUUCGCAGUGUGAGUGGUCGCAGCGAUAGCCCUGCUGCGCCGUCCCGGGUCAGGAGCUUCAAUUCGGAGGAUUUCGAGGGUGGCUUGAGAAGUCCGUUGUCUGUGUCACCAACCAGCAACGGCUUCCCUCAGAAGAUCACCGAACAGCCAGUUGCGGCCUCGGAGACGCCACAGAAUGAUGUGCCUGAGAAGAGCGAACCUGCCCCGGUAGAGCCCGAAAAGCCCUCAGAAGAGGUCACUGGGGAGCCCCCUGCUCCGGCUGCUGCUCCUGUCCCAGCUUCUCCUGUAAAGGCCAGCAAUGUCUCCUCCCCCAAGCCGACCCCGACCAAGACAGUCGCCAAGCGACCAUCCACUAUCCAGGUGGGGAAGACGGCACCCAAGCCUGCUACCAAGUCGCCAGCGCAACCCCGUACGCCCACAUCUCCUGCCAAACCCGAGGACAAGACUUCUCGGACCACGCGGGCUACCCGGCCGACGGCCACGAAGGCUGCGGCCCUCGAAGCCCCCAAAGUCGCACACAAGCCGAGCCGGACGUCCUUGAACACUGCGACGAAGCCCGUCACCAAACCUGCACGGCCCUCUAUGCCUGCUCGUGACUUGACGAAGCCGACAGCCUCGACCGCAUCUCGCACCGCCAAAGCUAUCGCAGCCAAUCCUACUCGCCCGGCUUCGACAACGGCUUCCACUUCGUCUACCGCCAAGAAGCCCACGACGACGUCUACGCUGACCCGCAAGCCGUCCACACUGAAGAGCUCGACUACUGCAACCCAGAAGCGCGCAAUCACUCCUACCGCUUCCACCGUGCGCAAGCCGUCGUCUCGUCCCUCCCCUCCCAGCAACCCCGGGAACGAACGCCCUCACUCUCGUGUCAGCAACACGAGCUCCAAACCAGUUGACGAGGGAUUUCUGGCUCGCAUGAUGCGCCCCACUGCUAGCUCUGCUAGUAAGACGCACGACAAGGUUGAGGUCAAGAGUCCCCCGCGGGCCACCAAGCCGGCCCGGGCGCCUAGACGAGUUCCCUCCAAGUUGGAUACCCGUACUUCCCGUCCGACCAAGGUCGAGCAAGGCAAGCCGCUGGAGAAGCCUGCGCCUGAGGCGAAGGCUGAGGAGCCCGCCCAGGUUGUUUCUGAGGCCCCUGCCGUUCUGGAGAAGCCUGCUGAGAUUGUCGAGAAAGCUCCCGCAAAGGAGCCUGUUCAGGAGCCUGUUCAAGAGCCUGUUCAAACAUCUGUUGAGUCUGAAGCUGAAGCCGCUGCUCCCGUCGCAAAGGCUGCUCCCGAAGUAGAUGCUCCCGCGGUUGCUGAAGUUGCUGCUACUGACCUUCCCGCGGUUGCUGAGACUGAGCCCGUUGCUGAGGUCCCCGUGCCGGCGGAGGAGCCGGCCAUUGAAGUGCCCGAGACCAAGGAAGCUACCGAGCCCGAAGCUCCCGCUGAGCAAUCUACUGAGGCCCCUACUGAGGCCGUCGUCGAAGCUCCUGAGGCUGUCGAGGCCCAGUCGGGCGAGGUUGAUGUUGACAUGGGCAAGCUCUCUCUCAAUUGA